AGGGGGCUCAAAUGAGUGCAGCACAGCGCGCCACAUUUUGAAUGGUCCUGAAAAACAUACAAAAUAAAUAGACAGUACGCUCAUAAAAUAUAUCUGUUUAAAGCUGCAACAAAAGAACAUAAAAAUGAGAUUUCGAGCUAAAAUGAUCGACAUAGGCUGCUUUAACCAUUUUACACGUGUGGUGAAUACAAUCUCCAAACUAACCAAGACAUGCACACUGCGACUCACCACAGACAAGUUGUAUUUCAUCCUGUCUGAUAAAGUUGCCAAUGGGGGUGUCAGCAUGUGGUGUGAGUUAUCCCAGGGAAACUUUUUUGAUGAGUUUCAGCUGGAGGGGGUAUCGACUGAACACAAUGAGAUCUACAUGGAUUUGGCUGCUGAGAAUCUUUUCAGGGCUUUGAAAACAGCCCACAAUGCCAAGUCACUUAAGAUCAAGCUGACAAACAAGCAUUGCCCUUGUAUUACUUUGGCUGUUGAACUGCCAUCCUUGUCAAGAGUCAGUCGAGUUGUCACGCAUGACAUUCCUGUGGGCGUUAUACCCAAAAAACUUUGGAAUGAUUUCAAGGAGCCCAGUGUGCCAGAUUUCGAUGUUAGUAUAUAUCUGCCUCCACUGAAAACAAUGAAGAAUGUUGUGGAGAGAAUGAAGAACCUGUCCAACUUUCUUGUGCUGGAAGCCAAUUUAAACGGGGAGAUGAAUUUGAAGAUUGAAACUGAUUUGGUAUCUGUCACCACGCAUUUCAAAGAUCUUGGAAACCCUUCAUGGGGUGAUAAUGGAUCCCAAGACUCCACCCAGGAUAGAGACCCUGAGACAAUGAUGGAUGUAAAAGUGGACAUUAGGAAACUUCUGCAAUUUCUUGCUUGUCAGCAAGUGAAUCCAAGCAAAGUAAUAUGUAAUAUUGUCAACAAAAGGAUUGUUCACUUUAUUCUACUACAUGAAGAUGUGUCUCUGCAAUACUUUAUACCAGCGCAUGCAUGAUUAAAACUUGGAAUUGGAAUUCACUUUAUUAAAGCAAAAUGUCUUUCAGGAGUGUAUAUGAAAUAGAAAACUCUGGGUUGUUUUAGUACGUACAUUUUGGGUAUCGUUUAUCAGCAGUCAAGAAAUGUUUUCUUUGCUUUGCUUUUACUGUCUCUGCUGUGCUCAUUUGAAAGUUUACAUUAAUACAGAUUAUGUAUAUAUUGGUGAUUUGCCAAUAUUUUCCAGUAUUUCAGUUGUUCUUGGUAAGAUUAUAUUUAAUGUCUGUAAAUAAUAAAUGUUUAUAUCUUUGUUCUUUUUUUAUCGGACACUGUUGUGUACUUUUUUAGGAGAACAACACAAUAAAGAAAACACUACAGUCA